AUGCUCCCACACACCACCAACACAUACUGGCACGAAUUCAGCGAGAUCAGCCGCGCCACUCCCUCUCUAAACUACUUUGAGCGACUAUGGGCGGCAUGGUAUGCCUUCAUGGGCAACGAUGUCCUGGCCACCGGAAUCAUGAGUUUCAUGAUGCAUGAGCUGGUGUAUUUCGGAAGGAGUUUGCCGUGGAUGAUCAUUGAUCAGAUGCCGGCGAUGAACAAGUACAAGAUCCAAGGUCAAAAGGUGCCCUCGAAGAAGGAACAAUGGGACUGCGCCAAGCUUGUCCUCCUCUCCCACUUCACCGUCGAACUACCGCAGAUCUGGUUCUUCCACCCAAUGGCGCAGUACUUCGGCCUCACCACCACCGUACCCUUCCCUUCGAUCUUGACCAUGGCAUACCAGAUCGCUAUCUUCUUCGUGUUGGAGGAUACAUGGCACUAUUGGUCCCACCGCGCUCUGCACUGGGGACCGCUGUACAAGAACAUCCACAAGAUCCACCACCAGUACUCCGCACCCUUCGGCCUAGCAGCGGAAUACGCAAGCCCGAUCGAAGUCAUGAUCCUUGGUCUGGGAACAGUCUCGGGACCGAUAUUGUGGUGUGCGAUCACCAAGGACCUGCACAUCUUGACCAUGUACAUCUGGAUCGUGCUCCGGCUGUUCCAAGCCAUCGACGCGCAUUCCGGCUACGAGUUCCCAUGGUCGUUACACCAUUUCCUGCCUUUCUGGGCCGGUGCCGAUCACCACGAUACCCAUCACGAGAAGUUCAUUGGCAACUAUUCCAGCUCCUUCAGGUGGUGGGAUUAUGUCUUGGACACCGAGAGUGGAGCUGAGGCGCAGAAGAGGCGACGGGAGAGGAAGUUGGCGAAGGCGCAGAAGGCGCAGUAG